AUGACGGGAUCGUCAUCAAAUUAUGCACACGAAAAUGUGGAUGACUAUUCAUGUGACAGCGAUUCUGGUGAUACAUUGAUCCUCACUAACGAUGACCCUCCCGAUCAAUGCGAAAAGGGCCUCUCAUUUGUCCGUUUUAUGUCUCUCGAAGGCGGUGCCACAACAGACGGCAACUUGGUUACUUCGGCGUCUGCUAGGAAUGCCUCGAAAUCCAAAUUGGCCCCUUUACCACCGGGUUUGUCAUUCCUUCACAACCACCCUCACUUUCUUGCCUCCUCCAUUCCUCCGGGGAGCUUCAUGUUCACUGACUGUCGCCUUCAAAUGGCCAUGGAUGAGCAGAAAUUGCAUCACACGGUGGAAAAUAGCCUAAAUUUCCCCACUUCUGCCUCGUCCGGUUCAGAAACUAGCACCUGUCUUCCACACAAUUUUGUUGAGAUUGCUCCGAAACCGACUUCUCCACCUCUCCAUGCUUCUACUCCGCCUCCUCAUCCUCCUCCAAUCCUGACAUCUCUCUCUGAAAAAGCGUCGAUUGCUAAUGAUCCCUUCAAGCACCCCAAAUCCAUUCAGUUGUCCGACUUGCGGUGCAAGAAUCGUGAAGCAGCACGCAAGUGUCGUGCAAAAAAAAAGAAUUACAUUCAACAGCUGGAGUAUGACUUCAGAGAACUCAAGGAGAAGUACGCCAUUCUCCAACAAGAGAAUGACGACCUCAAGCGCUUCAUUUUCCAUCAUUUUGGUGUGAGCCUCACACCUAAACCGUCCAGUAGCAAAACCCCGACUACUACUGCUGCUACAGCGCCAACGACAUCAGUUUCCAUUCAGCCCUCUCUUCCGGUGGUGCUGAAUGCACCUCCCGGAGUUCAUGUUCUUCCCACUGGUCAGCCUAUUCUCCUCAAGGUUAUUCCACCACAAGCACAACAACAACCCCAGCAUUCCUUGGUUGCCGCAGCAGCAUCGGAGGGUGGUGACACUGAAUCCCGUAAAACCUUCAAACUUCCUCGCAAUGAAUUUGGUCUGGUUCCGGCCAUGUACACUGGCCUGGCUGGCAACCGCGGCCUGAUCCCAGAUGCGGACGCAGUAACUGCACCACACCCCGCAGCAGUAGCUGAGGCGCAACGCGGAGAGGCGGCACAACGAAUGCAGUCGAUGCGUGUGCUUCGCUCUACUCAGGGUCUGCAUGCACCCUUACGACUGGCCAUGGAGGAGAGAGUGAUGGAACGCAUGGCGCCUCGGCUUCCCGGCAUCUAUGCUCAUCACCCACUGGCUGCGCAACUCAGCGGUGCUCUCGACACCAUCGACUUUUGCGACAUUCUCAACAAUCCUGAGGACGCCGAGGUGAUGGUCUCGCCGCAUAUGCUAAUGGAGCGUCAACAAGGCAUUCUGUAG